AUUGUUUUGGCUUUGAGGGCAAAAAUACAAAUACGUCAAAUUUGCAAGUUUAUACUUUUCUCUAUCCUUCUCUCUUUCGCUCUUCUUCUUCAGUCUCACUACAGUUCCUCGAUACUCUCGGUUCCGUAUCAGAAGUAGAAGAAUCACACCGACAUAGAGCUCCAACGAACCUCCAUCAAUGGCGUCUUCCACAGCCAAGGUCACCUUCCGAAUGCUAAUGCUGUUUCUGAUCAUUCUGGUCCUCUUCUACGUCGGUCGUCCCCUCUAUUGGAAAAUCUCCGCCACCAUCCACGACAUCCGCCAGAACAAACAGACCGUCAAACAAGGUCUUUCGCAGAUCGUUAUGGAAGCUCAGAGAACGGUUGGGUGGUACCACGAUGAGUCGGACUCGGGGGCCCGUGAAACUCGGAUCGGAAAGAAGACCGGGUCAGCCAUGACCAGGAAGCUGAUCAGCUGAUCAUGCUUCGUUCGUAAGGCUCCAUUUAGAUAAUCAUCAUACUUUAUAUGUCUGUAAUUUUAGGCUAAUUUUUAGUUUAAAAAAGAAAAAGAAGAGAAAUUAAUGCCAGAUCUGGUUUGCAAUAAAUUUAGCUCCUUGAGGAGCCCAAAAUAAAUCAAAAUUAAAAAGGAACCAAAAAAGAAGAAAAAACUUGGUUUUGUAUGAGAACUGUUAACACUUUUUAAUCUACAUGUAAUGCUAUAUAGGUUUGUUUUGCUAA